CCAGGGUGACCGGAUAUGGGGCGACGGCGGAGCGGGGAGAUCGAUAAAAGGGUCGGGAAAGCCGAUUUUGCGCAUCUGCCCCGUGGCUGCCUUUCCAUCCACUCAGACCGUCGCCGAGCCACAAAGACGUCACAUUACAUAACACGCCGCGUCAUCAUGAAGAUUUACUUGAUCGGAUCAGGCCUGUGCGUGGCCACGGUGGCCGCUUGCAUGGACGCGACCGGCCGCGAGUGCGGAGAUCUAGGGCCGCCGCCGUCUAUACUGGACAUGCCACCACCUCCGAUGCCGUCGUUUUUAGCAGCCGUCUUGAAUGAUCAGUCGGGCAGCAACGAAUCGAACUCACCGAACAAGGAGAUGUUGAUGGAAACCAAUGAACUGGAACCUGGCAAACCCUGCAAAGCCAUGUGCGAUACCGAUCAAGGGGUGGGAUUUAUCGAGUUGCCGCAACAAGGACCUAUUAUCGAGACGUACUCCUGGUGGAUGCUGCUGUCCACGUGCUUGCUCGGAGUGAUGCUGAUCGGAACAGUUAUACUAGUGGUAGUCGUCCGGCUGAGAGAUAAGAAACGUUGGAGCAAAUCGGACUUCAGCCCGGAGCCGAAAAAGAGCCCGCCACUGUACGACACGAUCGACAUAUCGCCGAAGACGUUUUGGGCCACGCUGUCGCCCACUGGCAACAUCGACACGACCGCGGCCACGACCCGGCGACCCGUGCACCACCAUCCGCAGACGAUCGCCAACCCGAACUUCGAGAACGGCGCCUACUAUCCGUACGAGCAGCAACACGAAUACCAGCAGAUCACCACCAUCCGCCGCGCCAUGCCCGAGUACCAGACCAUCAGACCACACGUGUCGUCGCCCACGCGCAUCGAGCAUCCCAACAUGCCGCCGCUGAACCUGUACAGAUCGAUUCGCCGGAUUUCGGAUCUGGAAUCGCCGUGAUCCGCCCCGGUGAACGGCGGCGGUCACGCGGUCGCCGACGAUCGUUAUAAUAUCGAUCAAUACGAUAUCGUGCGCGCGCUACGAGUGUAAUAAUAAUAAUAAUAAUAAUAAUAAUAAUAAUAACGAUACAGUAAAACCUCUCUAAGACGGAAUCGCCUGGGACCGUCCAAUUUUACAAUUUUUUCCGACUUGACGGGGUUCGCGUUCACAUUGUGUAUCAAUUGAAUCGAGACCAAAGAAAUUGUCCGCGUCGCCGGGGUUUCCGUCUUACUGAAGUUACUGUUUUACUGCAUUUUAGAAAUCCCGCCGGAGGCCACCGACGAUAUUAAUAAUAUUAUUAUGUAAAUGUAAUGAUAUAUUAUUAUUAUUCCGUUAACGCAUUUUGGUGACAGUCGCCGUUUCCCAAAGCCGUCGCCGAACCGAGACGUCUCUGGUGUCGUCCAAAAUUUUAUUAAAGUCGCGGAAGUCGUCGUAUUCACAUUAUAAUAUAAUAUUAUAGGUACGUCAUGACGUAGAUAAUAUAUUAUAACAUGAUAUUAUGCUCCGGUUACCCCGAAUCUUGUUUAUUUGACAAUUAUUACGUGUGCGAUAGGUUACCUGUACAUUUGACAGAAGAAAAUGCAAUUCCUUGACGCUCUACUCGCGUACCGUCGUUAUAUUUAUAGAGUAUAUAUGAUAUUUUAUAGGCAAAAUGUAGUACAUAAUGUGCAUGAUAUUAUACACUCGCUGUAUAAUAUUAUUAUGUAUAGAUAAGGCUUACUUAUAUAUCGCGUGAAUCUAAAUGCAUCUCGCUACAUCCCCCCCAAAACUCGAAUAGUUAUUUUUUUUUUUUCUUAUAUUUUAUCAACAAACUUUUCUGUUUUCGACGAAUUCAAUCGUUCGGAAUGAUCACUCGGCACGGUAAACAUGACAAUAAGAAGAAACGCAUUGCAAGAUACAUAAAUCAGCAUACGCCUUAUUGUGCCGUGUUCAAAAUUGAACGACGUUAUUUUUUUUUAGUUUUACACACCAGUAACUCCCAUUAUAAUAUAAUACUUUAUACGACGUAGGGUGGAAUGUAAACACCGAAAUUGAUGUUUCAUUUUCGAACAGUGUUCGGCUUAAUACGUCUUUGCGAAUUCGCAUGGUAAAAAAUUACCUUAACAUUUCGUAACCAAUGGUGGUUUUUUGUUUUUUUUUGUUCUUUUCAAGUUUCAAUAUUGAUGUUGCGACCAAACCGUCUAGUCCUUAAAUUAAGCACCUACUUUUAGUCGAACAAUUAUUAUAAGCCACUACUACAAUGGCCCAAUUUAAUAACCGUUGACCUGUUGUAUACACUUUAUGAUGGAAAACAGCCGGGGAGAUUUAUCGUAUAGAAUGUAGCUGUGAACUAAGAUUUCGAAUAGGUACCUACGACGCUCCCUAACCUACCUGCAAUGACUGAAAUAUUUUUUUAUACAGAUUGUCAAUACUUUAACGUGCUUAUGGUUUUCACCCAAGUUAUCUAAGACAUUAUUUCAUAUUAUAUUAUUAUUUAAGAAUGUCACUUGUAAUUUUUGUUUUAAUUAUGUAUGCUAUAAUCUAGCUGUUAUAUUGUUUUUGUUGAUGUUUUAUUCGUUUAUUUGUUUGUUUAUUUUUUUCGUAAAUUAUAUUAUCGUGUAUAAAUUUUGAUAUACUUAAAAUGAAAACUAAUAGUUUUAUACGCAUAAGAUUAAAUUGUAUGUACCUAGAUGAAUGCAAUAAAAAGCAUUAAUACUCAGUAAAGUAUAUCUGUGUUGGUCUAAAGUAAAAAACUAAAAAAAAAAACGGCAAAUGUUUGAAACGACCGCGUCGGCUGUGAAAUACGAAAUUAUUAUGAAAUAAAGCUUAUUCCGUGCUAAAAAAAA